GGCAGACAUGUCUGUGCAGUGUCAUCGGCAGUUGCCGACCGAAAGUCUCCGCUCGCUGCACCCCACGAUCCAGCUGCCGCGAGGGCAUACGACCCUGAGAACUGCUCUUCACCAAUCCGCAAGCCUGCCGUCCGCUCCGCUGCCACAUGGGGAUUAGAUUGCCUGCCCUACCUCAACGCCGAAGCUUGGGGCAUCCUUUCGGACCCCAGAGUCGUGUUUAUCAUGGUGGUACUCGACGCACCCCGCUGUACAGCACAUACUUCGGGACUGGGACCGCUUUUCCACAGCGUAACAAACUGUAACAGGUCAAGUCGGAAUGCCGGACCUGAGUACUACUGGUCACCUCACCUGCUUUUGACGGUGAACUUCCCUACACCGGUCAUUGUUCCCCAGCCCGCCCCAUGCCAGGACCCUGACAUUGUUUCAACGGCACUAAAGGACAUCAGUUCAACCAAUUCCGCGUUCGUGGCUCAGUGUUGGGGAAAUCCGAUCACUCCGACACCGUGGCCGCUGAUAGUAACUAUCGUGUGUUUACUUCCGCGCGGCGCGGAAUGCACACAGGCCGCCUGCUCCGUGUCGAUGGUUCCCGGUUGCCGGUUUGACCAGAUGAAUACUCCGACUGACGUGGGAACGCAGAUGGCGAUCAUUGAGCGGGACGAAGCUUACAAUUAUCCCCGACCUGCAGCGUAUCAACUAUCAAGCAGGUACGGUGAGGUGACAACCCAGGCACGCCAGGUUAAAAGACAACGACGCGAUCCGCAAGUCAUUGCCAUCAAUGGCUUUACCACUAGCAGCGUCAUCUAUCUCCAAUCCUGUUAUUUGUCGGCGGUAGUGAUCCCACGCAGCAACCUUCAACGAUUACCAAUAGCGUUAGCUGAAGUCAACGUCCCCGAAUCCUGCAGUGCUCAGGUCGGGGGAGCGGAGAGGCUUCGCAUAUUACAACCACGUGCUGGGAUGAUUGACCGGUUGCGUGUUGCCACACCCCCAACAUGUCUGAUGCUAGCAGCGGCUUGACAUAGACCGAACCAGACGCCGCUGUCUGUGACGGAUCGUGAGGGUUGCAUCGCCGGAAGUGGUGUGCGGUGCUAGAUUGCUUUUGAUUGUCGGGCAAUAUCUUGACAUCGCCGCUAUGCCUAAUUUGAGGCGCCAUGUAC